AGAAGAAGCUACACAAAACGACAAAGCAUGCGAAACUAAGUGAACUAUCUAAAGCGAAAAUGCUCGUAUGCUUAGAUGUAGACUUGUCUCAGCUGGGAAAUUAAAAACUGAAGUACAAAACAAACAAAAACGAGGAGGACCGAUUAUGGAAUUGGACGAAGCCCUGAAGGCGAUAGGCUUUGGUUGUGGCCAGGUGCUGGUGUUAGUCUUCUCCAGUUUGGCCAAUUUGCUCGCCGUGAACGAGACGUUUGGUAUGUCGAUCGUCGUUGUGGCAUCCUCAUGCGACUUGGAGACAACGGCCGGCCAGAAGUCACUGAUGAUGACCGCCAUGAUGGCGGGAAUGACAAUAUCUGGAUUCUACGUGGGCUACCUGAUAGACAUCAAGGGCAGGGUGCGAAUUUUACGCUGGAUGCUCCUUGUCACUAUAUUGUUGUCGGUUAUCUCGGCCUUAAUGCCGGAAGUAUAUUCCUUGUCUGCGAUGCGAUUCCUGGUUGGAGUUUUCCUUUGCGGACCAGCGACGUGUAUUCUGGGCUACAUGACGGAGUUUUCUGCGCCACAUGCGCGUCCGCCCCUUGUUGUCCUGUUCAGUCUUGGCGUGGGAAUAUCGCUGAUUUACUGCCCGCUGGUAGCCAAGUUUUUUCUUCCCGAGCGAAUCUGUGCGAAUGAAGAUGGCUCGUAUGUCGUGCGCUCUUGGCGCUUCCUUAUGAUGCUGUAUACGCUGCCCGGUCUAUUCGGGCUGUUGGGUCUCUGGUUCCUGCCUGAGAGUCCCUACUAUCUGAUGUCCGUGAAGCGCAAAGAAGAGACCUACGAGGUGCUGGACUGGCUGUGUCGCCGCAAUCGAAAACAAAUUGAGGACCUGAACAUCGACCUACUGGACUUCCCGAGGGACACCAUUGUCGCCAAGGCCAACUACUUUAAGCUUGUGUGGAACGACACCAUCCGAUUGGUUAAGCCGCCAUACUGUCGCGACUUUAUGGUCUGUACGCUUCUCUCGUUCGGAAUGUUUCUGAUAUCACUGGGCCUGGGGAUGUGGUAUCCUCUGCUGCGGAAUCAGGACAACAGCCAACACCGACUGCUCUGUGACGUGCUCAGCCAGCCCAAGAACUUUGACCAGCCGAAGUCGAACGUUUCGGCCACCAACGAAAUGCCAAACUUCACCGAUCCCUUAUACUAUGGCAUUGCUUACAUUCUGUUCUACUUCCUGGCCCUGUUCCUGCUGGUAUUCAUUUCGCGGAAGCACGUCUUCGUUGUCUACGUUAGUUUGGCCGCCGGUUGCGGGCUGGCCCUGAACUUCAUCAAGGAGCCGAUCGUCAUUCUGAUAUGCUUCAGUGCGAUGAUGAUCCUGCCGGGUGUGCUAAUCAUCCUGGUGUCCUCAGUGUUGGUUGACUGCAUGCCCACACAGCUGCGGGCCAAGGCCCUGAGCCUGAACAAGGCGCUGUCGCGGCUGGGGGCCAUUAUCGGCUGUCUGCUUGUCGGCCUCCUGCUUAAGGUUUCCUGCUUGGUUACACUCAACAUCUUCGUGGCCUACCUCAUAUUUUGCAUCAUUCUGUGCUUCUUGCUGCCCAAGUAAAAGCAGGUUCUGUUCUAGG